GGUCAGCUAGCUGGUAGGAGGGGAGCCAAAUUUAAAAUGUCUGACUGGGAAGAGGAAGACGAAGUUGCUAUCCCUAAGCCUACUACUAAAUCAGCUCCGACGGAAUGGAGAUUGCCAUGUGAUGACCGCCAAAGGGAAAAUGUAUUUUUCGGCGUGAGAAACAGAACCACGUUUGGAGGCGCAAGAGGGGGCAGAGCUGAUCGUAGCGGCGAGGAAUUGGAGUUCAAAAGCCGGAGAGGUGCGGGCGAAGGCCGUACGUUUCCCCGGAGCACGGGACGACGGACCUUUGGCGAUGAAGACUCAGACUCUUCCCCGCCUGUGACUUUCACUGUGGAAAAUGCUUCAGUUGGGAGGGUAAUAGGUCGUGGAGGAGCCAAAAUUCGUGAACUUCAAGAGAGCAGUGGCGCAAGAAUCAAGAUAAACAAGGGGGACUAUGAAGGUGAGGUGGUCAUCUUUGGGCCCUCUGCUGCCCAGCAGAAAGCCAAGGAGAUGAUUGAAGACCUACUGGCAGAUGGCAACUCUCGAUCUUACAAUGGACCCCGUAAGGGGGGAGACUAUGGAGGAGGUCCUGAUGGAGACUACAGAGGUGAUAAGGGAGUAAGCAAAGCGUCUGUAUGGUCUUCAGCAGAAUUACAGGUUGCAAAUACAGCCCCGGCCCAUGUGUCCAUAGACUGGAACGCCAUCCGGGAGAACAAGGACAAGUAUGCGGAACUCAAGUGGAGCGACCUUCCACCCAUGAAGAAGAAGUUUUAUAUUGAGGCAGAGAGUGUAUCCAUGCUCACAGCAGAGGAAGUCAUUGAAUGGAGUCUCAGGCGUGGCCGGUGUUGCUGAGUGGGGAGGACCUGAUUGCAAUUGCUCAGACAGGAACAGGGAAAACCCUGGCCUACCUGCUGCCAGGGUUCAUCCACAUGGAUGGUCAGCCUGUACCUAGGGAUGAACAGGGUGGUCCGGGCAUGUUGGUGCUGACUCCCACCAGAGAGCUGGCCCUGCAGAUUGAAACAGAGUGCAAAAAGUACCGCUAUAAGAGCUACAAAAGUAUCUGUAUCUAUGGCGGAGGGGAUAGGAGAGGCCAGAUCAACCUGGUAAAGAGCGGAGUGGACAUAGUGAUCGCUACACCAGGCCGACUAAAUGAUCUACAGAUGAAUGAGCUCAUCAGCCUUCGCUCCAUCACCUACUUGGUGCUGGACGAGGCUGAUCGUAUGCUAGAUAUGGGCUUUGAACCCCAGAUUAUGAAGAUUCUCCUGGACAUCCGCCCAGACCGUCAGACUGUCAUGACCAGUGCCACCUGGCCCACUGGUGUCAGACGAUUGUCCAAAUCCUACCUAAAGAACCCCCUAAUGGUUUAUGUGGGCACUCUGGACUUGGCAGCGGUUAACACAGUGCAGCAAACUGUGCUGAUCGUCCAAGAAGAGGAGAAAAAGUCCUACGUGUUUGACUUCAUCAGAAACAUGCUGCCCCAGGAUAAAGUCCUCAUCUUUGUUGGGAAAAAGCUUGUGGCUGAUGACCUGUCCAGUGACAUGUGUCUGCAGGGUCUGGCUGUGCAAAGUCUUCAUGGUGAUCGUGAGCAGUGUGACCGUGAAGAAGCCCUCAAGGACUUUAAAGAGAGUCGAGUUCGUAUCCUGGUGGCCACAGACUUGGCAUCGAGAGGGUUGGAUGUCCAUGAUAUAACGCAUGUCUUUAACUAUGACUUCCCACGUAACAUAGAAGAGUAUGUCCAUCGCGUGGGCCGCACUGGCAGAGCAGGACGCUCAGGUGCAGCUGUUACCCUGGUAACAAGAGAAAACUGGAGGAUGGCCCCUGAGCUGAUUCACAUCCUGGAGCGAGCAGGACAGGAGGUCCCUGAGGAGCUGGUGCUUAUGGCAGAAAGAUACGAGAAGCACAAGAGGGAGAAGGAGAUGUCUGAUCCAAGAGGAGGACAGGGACGAGGAGGAGGAGGAGGAGGAUGGGGGAGGAGAGAUGGUGGAGGGAGAGGAGGCAGGGAUCGAGGCCAAAACUGGGGAUUCUAAUGCAUAAUGGUCCAUGGUGGAACAGGAUCUGAUGCCUCCUGUGUUGUAAUUACUUUUGAAUGUACUUUUCCUUUUUUUUCUUUACUUUGAGUGAAAUGUUUUUUUGUUUGUUUGUGUUUUGCUGGAUUAUCAUCUAUUGUCAUUUAGAGGAAGUUGCACCUCAUUAUGUUGUGGCCCUAUUUUAAAAAUGUUUAAAUUGCAAUUUUGACAGUGUUCUGUCUGUAACUCACCAACCACGGCAGUGCUUAGUAUCACUCUGAAUAUUUUGUAUUUUCUUAUGUAAUUUCUUGAUUUGGGCAGAAAGAAAUCUGUAUAAUAAAUUCUCCUUUUAAAGA